UUCCUAACCCUUAAUGUCAUUAAUGUUUAAUACCAGUUACAUAAAUUUUGUAGAAAAUGACGUGUUGUUGUGUGCCAAAUUGUUCGAACCGAACAGAAAAAGGGUACUCAAUGAGGAGCUUCCCAAUAAAUAGUGAACAGAGGACAGCAUGGAUUGAUAAUAUCAAUAUCCAUAGCGAUAAAAAAUUGUCAAAGCACAUAAAACAUAAUUUAUUCGUAUGCGAAGUCCAUUUUGCAGCAGACAUGUGGGAAAAAGUGCGAGUGGAUGGUAAGAAAAAAUUGAAAGCACAUGCUGUUCCUAUAAUUUUUUCUUCUCCAAACAAUGCAAAUAUUCCAGCUGCGGAAGAAAACACACAUAUUCGUGAAAAUAACGCAGCACAAUCCACAAAUAACCCUGUUGAGGCUCCUACAUCAUCAUCAAAACGACCUGCCAUAGACAUGGAUAUAAACACGGGAAAUGAUGCAAAGAGGUUGCGGAGAAGUGUAACGGAUGAGUCAAUCACACUUGCAAGUGAUGAGUCAAUCACACUUGCAAGUGAUGACACUGUGAAGAUCCUGCAAAGAAAACUGAAUGAAGCCAACAAAAAACUAGAGAAAGCAAAUACCAUCAUCCGCAACAGUGAAACAACAAACAGAAUUCUUCGGCAGCGUCUACAACAAAUAAGAAAUUCCACCAAGAUGCACAGUGAACAAAACAAUUCUUUGGAGUUUUUGAACAAAGUAUUUCAUAAAGAUCAGAUAGCCUAUCUUAAAGCAAAAUAUAAAGGACGCCAUAUACGUCAGUGGACAGAAGAAACUGUCAAAAAAAGCAUUCCAACUCAAACAUGCAUGUGGGGAUAACGGGUAUGAGGAAUUAUUACGCCACGAUAUUCCUUUGCCUUCAACCCGUACUCUACGCAGCCGUUUAGAAUGCAUUACUUUUAAAGAUGGAAUUCUUGAUGAAGUGUUCGACUUAUUAAAGGAGAAAGUGUUAACGUU